GCUCCACCAGAUGGCGGCUUCAUGCGCGAGACGCGGAGAAAAUCAAAGCACGAGACGCAGCGGGAGGAGCGCGAGCGAGCGGACUUGAAGUGAAGAAGCGAACCGGAGGAGUUUAACGGAACCGACCUGUUAGUUCAGCCAAGCGGGAAAAGAGGCACCGAAACCCGGCAAGAGAGCCGCAGCAGCCCGGAACAAGUUCAGUCUGAGAAGAGGAGACGGACAAGACGACUACAGGCAGCAGCAGAGGUAGCUCCUCUCAGCAUGCAGCACUACGGGGUGAACGGAUACUCGCUGCACGCCAUGAACUCCCUCAGCGCCAUGUACAACCUGCACCAGCAGGCCGCGCAGCAGGCCCAGCACGCGCCCGACUACCGGCCGUCCGUGCACGCGCUCACCCUGGCCGAGAGACUUGCUGACAUCAUCCUGGAGGCUCGCUACGGCUCUCAGCACCGCAAACAGCGCCGCAGCCGCACGGCCUUCACCGCACAGCAGCUGGAGGCGCUGGAGAAGACUUUCCAGAAGACCCACUACCCAGAUGUAGUGAUGAGGGAGCGACUGGCGAUGUGCACCAACCUGCCCGAGGCCCGAGUGCAGGUUUGGUUCAAAAACCGCAGAGCAAAGUUCCGCAAGAAGCAGCGCAGCCUCCAGAAGGAGCAGCUUCAGAAGCAGAAGGAGGUUUCAGGAGAAGGAGGCAGCGAGAAGGAGGACUCACCUCCCUCCACCACCAUCCUUCCGGAUACCCAGCUCCCUCCUUCGUCCUCCUCCUCCUCUUCCUCCUCCCUGGAGACAGAAGGUCCUGUGGUUCGUCCUGUACCGCUGGACAUGGAGCUGAAUGUCACGUCAGCAGAACAAUCCGGCAGCGAGUCGGCAACAGAGGAUAAUGCCACAGAUAAGGAGGACGAGAGUAAAUCUCAGAGAGAGGAGAUGAAGAGUGAGAGGGCAGUGACACCCGGAGACGUUUCCCAGACCUGCAAAAGACUCAGCCCUAAGCCAGAUUCUCCCCUGGUCUCUCCGUCAGUGACGCCCUCCUCCUCCAGCAGCAGCCUGGCCAGCACUGGUCCUCUCUCUCAGAGCCACUCUUACUCUUCCUCCCCUCUCAGCCUGUUCCGUCUGCAGGAGCAGUUCCGCCAGCACAUGGCCGCCACCAACAACCUGGUGCACUACCCUGCUUUUGACCUCGCCACCCCAUCUUCACUUCCCUACCUGGGAAUGAAUGUGAACAUGCCGCCUGCACCGCUGGGCUCCCUGCCCUGCCAGUCCUACUACCAGUCACUGUCCCAUCACGCCCAGCAGGUGUGGAACAGCCCGCUGCUGCAGGCGUCGGCUGCAGGCGGCCUCACCAGCCACAACACCAAGACCACCAGCAUCGAGAACCUGCGUCUGAGGGCCAAACAGCACGCUGCCUCGCUGGGACUGGACACAAUGUCUAACUGAGAAUCAGACUGUACAGAGGACAGUGUAGACUACAGCCUCAGCCUACGCAUCACCCCAUCCUGUGACCGUGGUAGCUCUUUAGGAACCAUAUGCAGACCUCUUCUUGAGUAGAUGGGCACAGGACAUAAAACGAUGUCCAAAACAAAACAUGCACUGGACCUACAGAUCUCCACCUGACAUCUCUUUAAGACACUUCCAUGAGUUGUUUGACUCCUCAUAGCUUCUGUUGCAGCUCAAGGUCCAAAAGUACAUCCUUGGGGAAAACCCAGAAGAUACUGAACACUGCUACAGCAAGAUGCAACGGUUCAAGAGAACAAUCUGGCUCAUAGGACAGUGAACGUGUAGCGCCUCACUCAAAAUACAAUUCCAGUGGACAUGCAAUGCUGGACCCUCUGAUAUACUAAAUAAUAAUAAUAAUAAAAGAAUCACCGACAACGAUGUGAACAGCUGAUGAUGGAUGCACUCAGUUAAAAAGACAAUGCAAAUGAUGUUUACAAGAAUAAUGUGAAUAAAUGAGGCACUUUGGAAGGAAUUAGGCUCGUUUGCCAGCAGGGGAAAAAAGAUAUCACUCGUGCAGUAAAGAGACAUUUCAAUUAAGCAAUGUGGUUAUGUACAUAGCAUGUACUACAUAACAGCACAUAAAUAAAAAUAAACCCAAGCCAUGUCCUCAACAGCAUAAUUAAAAGUGACUAAUUUACCAGUUAAAUGGCCAGUAAUAUGCCACUUUGUACAGAGGCUGGCUUGAUAAUGAGAAAAUGAUUUCAGUGACUAAAUUCUCAGAGCUUUUAAUUACAUUUUGCCCUGGGCUGAGGGAGCUGGGGCAAAUGCAAUUAUGAACAUGCAUACCAUUUCAAGCAGCCUUUACAAAAUCUGUACAGCAAAUUGGUCGAUUAAGGUAGCAACGUGACAAACAUCACUGCGAUGACUUGAUCAAUUUUCUGUGAAAACAAAGUGAUGGUAAACACAUUAGGAGUUUUGGUUAAAUUUUGUCGUGACUCAUAUUUUCUCCACUUUUAUUCUCGCCUUAAUAUUCUUUGAGAAAACAUGCAGCUUCCCAUUGAAAGUCACACUGACUGUUAGCACUUGAUGAGGAGAAUCACACACAUUUCUGAUUUUUUUUUUGUUCAUGUGUUCUGGAAGAUAACAUCUUCAAAUGGGAAAAAAUGCACAUUAUUUUAAUAUGUAAAAUACAAAAAAAGUCUAUCUAUUAAUGUUUACUGGUAAGGUAAUUGUAAAGUUCCUAAUAUGUUGUAUAAUUGAUAAUGGACUCAGAAAAAUCUCCUUUAGCUGUCAGAUUGUAAGAUUGUAUUUGCUGAGCUUACUGACAGCCCUGUCUAUUCCCCUCCUCUCUUGGUUGUCUGUGUACUGCUCCUGGGUUGAAUUAAUAUUUAAAAUGCAAACAGUUUCUUUUUUGGAAAUAAUUUAAAAGAAACAACUGGAUAAUUCUGGAUUUCUGGAAAACCACCACCUUCUGUUCUUUGAAAUCAAUCCAGACAGGGAAGUCAAAGCGAAAAUAUUCCAGUGAAUAAUUGACCCGAGUCCUCUGUGUACUGCUGUCUUGACUCUAUUUGAGUUCUGUUGUUGUUUCUAAUGCUGUUCCCCUGACUGUUUCUGUCAAACUACUUGGUCCAGUGUUAGAUAGAUUUAUAACGGUGGAGGAGGGGAGAGUGAUCGGACCAUCAGCAGUGUUGUUUCCUUUGCUCCUCCCAAUUAUGUAGACUUGAACUAGUGUUGUUGUAAAAUAAUUGCAAAUAAAAACAUUGCUUGAAGUUCUUUAUAAUCAA